CCUUUGGACUUGUGGGCACCAUGCCACCUCUGUCCAGCCCAGUAUUGAAUCAGUGCCACCCAGCGUCGCUGAAGGCGGAAGUGUUCUUCUCCUCGUUCACAAUCCACCACUGAAUAUUAUAGCCUUUGUCUGGUUCAAAUGGGUGAAUUCGUUCAGGAAACUUGAGCUUGUCAAAUACCUAGUAGACAGGAAAGCAACUCUGUGGGGGUCUGCAUACACUGGCAGAGAGACGCUGUACAGUGAUGGAUCCCUGCUGCUUCAUGGUGUCACUCACAAAGACCCUGGAGUGUACACUGUACGAUUUCUGAGAACAGACAUGAGAAAUGCAGAAGCAGAAGUGCAACUCAAGGUAUACGCCUCCCUUUCUGUGUUCUGUAACCCUUUUACUUCUUCCCAGCUCACGAUCCACCCGGAGCCUCUGUAUCCUGCUAAAGGGGAACGUGUAGUUCUCCAAGUUCAUAAUUUCCCAGAAGAUAUGCUAGCCUUUACCUGGUACAAAGCAAAUUAUAGGACCCCGUUCCUUAAAGUUGAAGACCAUAGCAUGGCCAGGACUUCCUUCUCCUGGGGAAAAGGGAUGGUGUACUAUAAUGGAACCCUGAUGCUCCGGGAUGUCACUGAGAAAGAUGCAGGAAUGUACACACUGGAAGUUUUAAGGAAGCAUUCCAAAAUUGAAAAAGCAUACGCGGAAUUCUACAUAAAGAAGAAUAUGACGCAACCCUUUGUGCAAAUCACUGACACUACAUUCGCAGGACAUAGAUCUGUCAUCUUCACGUGCAUCUCACCCGACACUGAUAUCUCUAUCCGCUGGAUCUUCAAUAACCAGAAUCUGCAGCUCACAGAGAGGAUGACUCUGUCCCCAACUAAUUGUGGACUCAGAAUAGAUCCUGUGAGGGCUGAGGAUGCUGGAGAGUAUCAGUGUGAGGUCUCCAACCGAUUGGGUUUGAAGACCAGUCUCCCAGUCUCCUGGCCACGAUGAGUGAAUGACCUCUCCUCUUAUCCUACAGCAGAGUGGUGUCAUAUUUUUAUCAAUGGGGUACAAAAUGGAGAAAAUUAUGUGGUGAAAAUGAUUAGUGCUACUCAGGCACAGCCUGCAUGGUGACUCAUGCCUGUAAUCCCGGGAUACAAGUAUGUACAAUGGAAGGCCAGGAUUUAA